AUGAUUUGGGUGAAAAAGAAAGCGACAACAAUAUCGACAAGAGCAGCAGCUCGUUAUUUCACGACACUUAUCCUUCAACUGUACAUAUUAUUGACCAUAUCUGUGGGUACCAUUUAUUUUCAUCACAUUAAAGAAUCUGAUUUCAAGCCAAAUCGUUACUACACGUGUACCGCUGAGAAUACCAAACUUAGAGAUUACAAAUUUGGUAAUCAGUUUCGCCUCGAUGUCACCAAAAAUCGUCGACGAGCAUUGACUUCACCGAUACCUCCCAGCGAACAGUAUGUUAAUCAGAGCUCUCCGAUUGCAUUGGAAGGUAGCGUUCACAAGCUUCAUUGCUUCUUCAGUGGAUAUCCGGAACCAAAACCUGUAUGGCGAUACAAUGGUAUUGAUAUUUCGGAGGAUGAUUCACGUUACACCUAUGAAGCAUAUGGAAAAACAUUGGUUUUCAAUGUUAGCGCAGAAGCAGAAGGCUUAUAUGAAUGCAUUUUUAAAGCUCAUCCGAAUUUGGAUCGCAGAUUCGACGUUGUUGUUGAAGCCGCACCUUAUUGGAUGACAGGCCCACCGCCAAACAAGCGAACAAGCGAAGGAGAGGACGUUACCUUUGAUUGUAGCGCACUUGGAAAGCCAAUCCCUUCGAUUUCAUUUUUCAAAAAUGGUGUUGGAAGCGUCCUUACAUUGAGGAAUGUUAAAAAAGGUGUUGCUGGCAGUGGUGAUAAUGCUGUUUACCAGUGCAAAGCGGAAAACAAGCAUGGAUAUUUAUGGGCCAAUUUCUACCUCAAUCUUCUCGCUUUCAAACCAGAACUUCUUUCUGACCCGGGUGAAAUUGAGGCUGUAGUUGGUCAGAAUGUAACACUGGCAUGUAAAUUUUUUGCUUCACCAAACGUUAACAUUACAUGGGACAGCGCUGUGUUGCAUGGUUUGCGACAUCACGUCGUGCCAGCGGAUGCUGAUGGAGAAGGAAAACUUGUUAUUGAUGCGGUUGGUCGAGAUGCGGAAGGUGAAUAUACAUGCAUUGGGACGAACAAACAUGGUACAGCGAAAGGAACAGCACAUAUAAUUAUACGCGAAGCGACACGACUGGAACCAUUUGAAAGGCCUUUAGAAAAGGUUUUGGCUGGUCAACGACUUGAACUGCCAUGCAAGGCUGAACAUGAUGAAAACCUCGAAGUUACGUACGAAUGGCUUGUUAAUGGAAAGCCGUUAUUCGAGCAGUAUAUCCAAUCUGGUCAUUAUCUCAUUACCAACAAAAAUUCACUAAUUAUUACAAACCCGGCAAGAUAUGAUGCUGCGAUCUAUACGUGCAUCGCUAAGACAGCAUUAGAUUCAGCGGAGAAGUCAGUUCAAGUCGGAGUUGAUGAUGUUCCAAAUCCAGUUCAUAUGGCAUUUCUUACGAAAUGUGACGAUACUGCCCAAAUAGCAUCUAUCAAUUUUGAAUACAUGGAGGAUAUUGAUUUCAGUGCUCCAAUAAAAGAAAUCUGGGCGCAAUAUCAAAUCGAUGAAGAAACUGAUGGUGUGGUUUGGCUAACACAUCCUCAUCCCGCCCUGGCUGAUUCCUUGCAAACAAUAGAUGAUAACCAACGUACAGUAAAAGGUACGAUUGACGUAUCACUUCGGCCAUUCGGCAAGUAUCGUUUCCGUGUCUUUGGUCGCAAUGAUUUCGGUGACGGAGCACCAACAAAUGUAAAUGGUGGUUGUAUAACACCGGCUCGAGUACCUGACAGAAAUCCAGAAGGUGUUUCUGCAACUGGGACAAGACCAGAAAAUUUAAUUGUUUUCUGGAAGCCAAUGCCAAGAGAAGAUUGGAAUGGGCGCAAUUUCCAUUAUAUUAUUCGAUAUCGACCCGCUGGAUCGGAUGCUGAAUGGAAGGAAGAGAUAGUAGAAGAUCCGUACAGUGAUCGCCAUACCAUUGAAUUAUCAGUCGAAGAGCCUUUCCGACCAUAUGAAGUUCAGGUUCGUGCUGCAAAUGAGAAUGGAACAUCUAAUGUUUCACCGCAGUCAGUAGAAGGAAGAACAGGUGAAGGUGAUCCCGGUUUUACACCAACUGGAUUCAAACUCAUCACGGCGGAUUCAACAUCGGCAAGCUUCGAAUGGGACCCAAUUGAUCCACAACAAGUGCAAGGAAACUUCACUGGAAUAAAGAUUACUUUUUGGCCUGAAGAAGAUGAGGAUGAAAACGAUGGUGAGUUGGAAGGGGAGGAUAUUUCACGAUUAAAGAGACAUUCAAAGCUGCGACGAUGGAAGCGUGAAAUUUCAACUUCACAAACGAGCGUGUAUGGUGAUAGGCGCACCGUUGUCUUUGCACCGGAUAAAAAAAGUGCCACAGUAUUUGGCCUACGACCGAACAGUGUUAAUUAUGCACAAAUUGCGGUGAUGAAUGGGCAAAAUGAUGGCACACCAACUGAUCCGAUUUCAUUCCGAACGAAAGAAGGAGUCCCAACUCCGGUACGAAAUUUGGAAGCAUAUCCUAUGAAUACGCGUGAUGAGCAAGAAAGUGCUGUUGUUACUCUACGAUGGGAUCAGCCACGACAUUACAACGGUCGUUUAACCGAAUAUUCGGUUGAAAUAUGCGCUGUAAAUCCAGAUGGUACUAUGGAACAAAGAGGAAGUUGCCCAAUCAGAAAAACGAAACCGAAAGAACGAUUCCUAAGGAUAUCGAAUUUGGAAAACGACAGCAAAUAUCGAUUUAUUGUUUAUGGAAAUACAAAUGCUGGUCGGGGCGAUCCGAAUUCGAAGGAUGUUAAGACUUUACCUGAGGAUGUAAAGUUGUUUCGUAAGUUUUUCUAUUUGAAAUCAUGA